CUUGUUUAAUCGCCUCGCUGCUCGAUUUUCCAUCUGACCAGCUGGAUCUCGGCUUGCUCGCGUGCACUGCGGAGGACACGCUUGGAGCAGCUUUGUCCAUUUGGUCGUGACUAGCAGCAGUGACGGCAACGCGUUUCGGCCACUCAGACUUUGGCCGCUAUGAUGCCUUGGCUCCUGUUCCUAUGGUGGGUCUGGCUGCCGAUCCAGGCUCUUCCGAAGGCGAAUAGCGGGCUCACUCGGCUGGAGCAGGAAGAGCUGGCUUUUAUGAAGAGCUCGCUAAAGCGCGAGAUCGAUGAUGCCACAGAUCCUGCACAUGAAGAUACCAGCUUGCAUGGGCAGGAGAAGAAGAUCCGCAAGGCAUACAGAAACAUCGCCAGACGAUUCAAGCGGAACAUCUUCGAUGAUCAGGUGAAGUUCGAGUUCCAGAUGCGCAUCCUGAACUUGGCCAAGGAAGCCUUGAUGAAGGGAGAUGGCCUUGGAGCAUCUGGAUGGGCUGAAGAAGAUGAAGAAGAGGAGGAUGACAAUGAGACCAGAGGCUCUGGCCGAGAAUUGCCAGGGACAAGUCGAGCGAGUGAUGAGAUUUUGAAGAAUAUCCACUCCUGGCAGGAGUUGGCUCUGGAAGAAGGGGUCAGAUUUGAUGAUCCAGAGCAGGGAUACUUUGUUGGACACACUCAGCAUGCCUAUCGAGACGCCUUUGCUGGCAACUGGAGCAAGUUCUUGCGAGAGGAACUGGCAGAACUUUGGCCUGCUGCAUCUGCCUUGCAGUACCAGCUGGAGCUGGAAGGCAACACAACCAGUGAAGCGCGAGCAGAGUCGCUCCGCUUGACCCAAACUGCCCGUGAGCUGGCCCAUGAUUCAUUGCUACAUAUCGCCAGCAUCCUUCAUCAUUGUGGUGGACGAGAUCCUGGAGAACUCCCGGAGUUUGGAAACACCACAGCCUGGGUCGAUGUUCACCUGAAUGUGUCCCAAGGCCUGCGCGCCCUCUUUGCUGAGAAUGCUUCGCUGCCAGAGACCUGCGCAGCGGGAGCCGAUCGUGAGGUGCGCGCUGCCCUGUUGGAGCUCAAUCUGGAAGCUUUGGAACGUCUCAGCACUGGCGAUGGUCAUGGUCGCAUCGACGUGCUACAGGAACUGAGACAUGCCCAUGGAGCGGCCCUGGCAGCCAACACGGCUGCCGCAGGGCCCAAGGUGAUGCCCUUUAUCGCCCGAGGUCAUCGGUUCUUUACGAUGCCCCUACACUGUCCAGAGGCGGCCAAUCAGAAACGCUCGGCACUGGAAAGGCUGUGGGAGGAGUAUCACUUUGGGCCGCUGGUGGAGGAGGCCUACCCAUCGGAGUAUCCCUGCGGACUGCAGGGCUUGUCGAACUUCCUGGACUUCCACCUGGGACGUGAGGGCGAACUCCUGGAGCGGCGCGCCGAGCCGGAUCGCAGCGUGCUGAAAGCCUUGAGAGGUCUACUACAUUUACAACAGGUCUUAGCCAGACCGGCCUAUAUGUCCUCUGGCUCGCAUGCUGAGAGUGGUUUGGCAGCUUGGCGCGAGGCGGUGACCGACGUGGAGGAGGCUGUCUGGAAGGGGAUUGCCUUCCCAGAGCUUCACACCGCGGUGGGUCAACUGAUGGCAGAGUUGGCCAAGGGUGGCUUCAUGCCCGAGGUCUUUGCUGCCAUGAUGGAGCACCCCCCGGUGCUAGCUGGAGGUAACACACUGCCACAAGGCAGAGAGCCUUCGGAUGUCCAAGCGCCUAGAUGGCCUCGAUUCCAAGGGAUGAGCAUUCCUGGAUACAACAUGAAACCAGUUCAACGCUACGAAGAGCGUGCGCUGCGCAUGUGGGGUGAUGAAGAGAUCGAAGAACAUUGGGAUCCUGUUCGAUUAGGACUCUCUUAUAUUGAUCUUACAGCUGCCUGUGAUUUACCGCUUCAAGUUGCCAUGUGCUUUCUGAGUGCUGCUCUCUGGUUUUGGCGUGCUUUGGAGCUCCUAGGUGACAACUGCGGUGGAGAUGGCUGGCUUGACCUCUACAUCUUCGAAGAUAUUUGGGCGGCUCCGCCGGCCUCGAAACGCAUUGCCAUGCAGUACAGCUUGAAACGAGCGAUCAUCGAACUGGUGGACUAUGCUGCCAACAUGGCGGAACACCAUUUGUUGCCCGGCGCUCGAUUGGCGGUCCAACGCAUUGGCUACCUGCUCUUGCGCAAGAUGACGGCACGCUUUGGCACCCCCGAGGAUGGUAGCAAAGUGAUGGCACAGCUGAAGCGGUUCUUUACAGCUGCUCGAGUGAACCCCUUGUGGUCACCACCUUUGUUGCCAGUGGCGGAUGCGGUCUUCAUCGACAUUCUCUCUGGUCGGCUUCAUUCCGCCUUCCUGGAAAAGUUGCAUGAGUCGGAUUCGAAGCAUGUCUUGCCCUCCACCGUGCCCGAAUACACGCUCUAUGAGGCCGCCCUCUUAGGAGGGAGCGAUGUGAGCGUGACCUCGGCGCGGCACGAGGUGAUGUUCGCGCUGCUCCAUGACACCGGACGGACCUGGAGGAUGGUGGAAUCGGCCCUUCAGGGAGCGAUGUUCCGACAGGAUCCCUGGGGCUUUGUUCUGGGCCGACGGUCUGAUCCGUUGCCCUUGUUGCCGGAGUUUGCCGCCGUGCGAGGGCUGCGGAUUGACAUGUCGACAGGGAAAUCCAGCUUGUUGCUGGCUCGCCCAUCCUCCAAUGCGCCGGCCUUGUUCUCUUUAGAUGAUGUUGCAGCUGUACUCGCCCUGCAAGAUAGCGAGCCGUUGGCACUGAUGCUGGACCCUCCGGCUCAGAAGGGAGUUGGGAUGUCGGAGUUCCCGCAUCAUCCCUUCCAAUGUGCCAGCUUGAGCCCAUCGAACCAAUCUGGUGGUACAGGACGUCGCGUGGAAGAAGCCUUGGUACAAGCAGCUUUAGCUGUGCAGCAAUUGGCAUCAGGAACAGAGGUGGCAUUUCGUGCACCUUUUCCACUUCGGCCAUGUGCUCAAGGCCUCUGCCGUUCACUGCCCAAGACACUUCGAGACAGGCUGCAGCAGAUCACACAGCUGCGGGCAGAGGCCUGGGAUUCACCUUCGAGGUUGGUCCUUGAAUGCCCUAGAAUCCCGUAUUGGCAAGCACCGGCAGGGAAUAUCCUGGACGUGCGGUUUGGGGAUCCCAGGCUGGAGGUGCAUGCUGGUCAGCCUCUGAGAGAGCUCAACGAAGAGGAGUUCCGAAAGUGGCCGGUGACUCGGCUUCGAGCCGCCGUGGAGCGCGUGGACCGUGAGCUGGGAAGCCACCGAGAGGCAGAGCUGCCCGCUUUGGAAAAGCAGGAGCUGGUCGAUCGGCUCUUGCGUGCCACCGAGCGAGGGAUUCUGAUCGAAGAUGACGAGGAGACAGGUGAGCCCAUGGUACGCUUCUCUCGGCGCUUAACGCACCACCUGGCAGAAGUAGGUCGUGCCUGGCCACAACUGGCACGUAUGGUACCUUUCUGCGCUCUGAGAGCGGCUGGACUUAUUCUGAGGAUGCAAUUGCAACAGAUGAACGAGUCUGCGAACGCACAGCAGGAGGACCAGAAGCAAGCGUCAGAAGACCAUGCAGCAAGCAUGCAGCGACAGCAAGAAGAAGGCUGGAGAAGCAUUCUAGCUGAAGUCCAUGCUAGUGUUUUGGGCCCGGUCGACUUGGACCCGGCGCAUUGCUUUGGGCCAGACGUGACCUUCGCGCAGUGCUGCAGCGUGGGCGACUUCGAGGCCAACUGCUGGGACGGCGCCUGGAGCGCCGAGCGCUGCUGCGGCGCGGCGCGGGACGGCGCGCGGCAAGCGACACCCGAGGUGGUGGCGUCGGUGGCAGCGCAACUGGGUAGCGUUUCCAGUCGAAGACCACCUCCAGAUCUUUUGAUCCCAGCAGUGGAUGCAUGGCUGAAACAUCCUUUUGGGAGAUCGAGAUCUGGCUCCAGCGGCGAAACACGUGGCUCCAGCUACAGCAUGGCGCUGAUAUCACUUCUCUCCGCAGAGGUGCGCUCGGAGGAGACCAUACGCCAGCAAGUGCUGAAGAAGCUCGACACCGAUCUGAAGGCCUUGAACCUGGGCGGCGAAGGUCCUGUGUCCUUGGCCGAAGGCUCUGAGGCUUGGCUGCCGGUGGUGCCCUUGGCGAACUCCGGCGGCCGCCGGGCGCUGUACGCCACCGUGGCGUUGUCACCGCAGCUGGUGCCACUGGAACAGGAUGAGGUGGAAGCGGCGAGAGAACACCUGCAUAAGGUGAAUCCUGGAAUCUGGAAUGAUGUGCCUCUUGAAGAGCUGGUGCAGCGAAAUCUUCCCAAGGAAGAUCAGACUGCAGAUUCUGAGCUAAAGUGAUAGCUGCUAAAGUGAUAACGUAUUUCUUUUGGAGAUGUUUUGAUCUCCCGUUCAUAGUCUCCAAAUGGCUUUGGGAGUUCGCUUCUGGCACGACUUCAGCAACUAAGGAGAGGCCAGUGCCACUGUCCCCGAACUUACGAGCUCUGUAUGAGGCGACCGCGCUAACGAAGAUGCUCGCUGGUACCCUGCAGGGGGUGGCCAAGGGAGCAUCGGCCUGAAGCGCAGAGGAUGUUGGACAUCCAAAA